GCGAAGGAUAAGUCCGCAAAAAAGCUUUCCGACAUCUCCAAUCUUGCCAAGAGUUCGAAGUCGGGCAAGAAGGAGAGCGAAAAGAGCGGCAAUCAAACUGAGCGCCUUUUCCAUACCGACUUGACAAAUCUCAUUCAUCAGGCUUUAGGGCCUACAUCCAAGGGCAAGCAGUAAAGAAUUUCUCGUUAUCUUCAAUGUAAACUAGAGAGUUACACAAGAAAUUUAGUGCCAUCAAGGACUAGCACCCAACGGCUAUUACAUGAAUUAAGGCAAACAGUUACAGGAGGACUUGCAAUCUUGAGAGGAAGGCUAUGUUGCUGAGUCUGCAUGAAUUUCCUUCUUUAGAAAAUGAAAAUUGAGAUGAGAUGGACCGUAUAUGGAGAUUAACAUUCUUCUCAUGGGCUGAUUGCUGCAAAGAAUAUUUCUGAACACGAUGUAAAAUUCUGAGAUUGAUGUUCUUCAGGUUCGUGCUAACAAGCUGAAGACAACUAGUAGUUUAAGAAGCCAUGAAAUUGAGUCCUUUAAGCGUGUACUAUCUGAUGUGCAUGCUUCUUUACAGCCAUGGCUUAUGAGAUUCCAAGUGCCAUUCCUGAAACAAGAUAUAUCUUCAUGCAACCAAUCUAUACCACAGCUAACGGGAACUUUGUCCUGCAAAGAAAAUGAUAAUACCAGUUCACCCACAAGACCACAAGAAUUUGGUGCAGGAACAUCAAUUUCUCCUUCACCACUUGUAGCCUGGCAUGCAGAAUACCAAGCUGAGAAUGGGAGACAACUAUUUCUGCUGACACCCCUGCCAAAAGCAAAAGUUAUGUCAGUCAAACGCCAAGAUUGCUUGGCAUCUACACUGAAGUAUCACAGUAAGAUUGGCCCUUCUACCAAUCAAUUGUCUAUUCCUGAAAAUUGCCAAGAUGAUCGAUCCCAAAGGGUAGCUGCUGCAAAAGGGGAAGCGGUCCAUGGUAUGGUUGAAAAGGUAGCAACAGAUCCUGAGAAGGCAUUGGAUAGUAUUUCUGAUUCUGCUUUCAUGAAGGCAAACUCUUCACAAUCUGGUGUUCGAUUGAAAUCGAAGCUCUUGAGUAAUCAGAAAUGCAGUAAUGCAACUUUUCUCAUGACACCUUGUUUGAAAAUGUCUCCACCAAAAACAUGCUUGUUACUGGAACAAAUCUCUGAAAAUUGUGAAACAGAACAAAACAAUCCUCCUGAGAUUACUCCAAUUACUGUUAGAGUUCUUCAUUUUGAUGAAACUCACUCAGUUGAGCAAUCUAAGGGAGAUAUUUCAAAGAUCUUGGCUUCGAGGUACCCCACAAUGUUUCAAUUGGCAAGGCCCAGUAAGACAGUAUGCCUGAAGCAAGAACUUGAAGCUUCUCCUGAAAAUCUUAUCUCACCUCCUAAAACUUGUAUCCUACUGGCACCAUCGCCAUCUGUCAAUAGAACCCCGGUCAUUGAUGAUGUUGCCAACCAGAAAGCGGUCAUGAGCGUCUCAACUUCUGAAAUAAAUGAGGAAGAUGAUGGUCAAGUUCAAUUUUGUGAAGAGUUACUUCAUGAUGCUACCACAAAUAUGGCAGUUCCAGAAUGCACUCCAAGGAGCUUGGGAAAAGCAAGAAACACUGGUAAAGCACCUGGUGAGCAGACACUUAAAAGGGAAUUAUGGACUAAAUUUGAAGCAAUCUCUGUUCAUUCUUCAAAGUUAAAUUGUUCAGCUGACACGAUUCCAACAAAGUUCCUCCAUAGACUGGAAGAGGCCUCUGAGGAGUAGUCUCUUGUGUCUAAAACAGAAGAUACCCAUUUGUAUGUUUGAACUUCUGCUUCUGUUGACUGAUGUAGAAACUGGAUAUCGGGUACACAUUUUUGUACGCAUUUGUGGCCUUAGGUUUACUUGCUCCUAAGUAGUUCCAUCUUUUGCAUAUCUCUAAGCAGCAGAUGUAUUACUGCGAUGUUGUUGUAGUUGAUAUCAGAUGUUACAUAUCUGCGUCUAAUGGCAGCUGCAGUUUAACUA